CUGGCCUCAAAACGACGUCGUUUUGGGCCAGGUUUAAAAAAAACAAAAAAAAAAAAAAAAAAAAACAGAACAACACACACGCACAGCACUGCACAGAUUCAUUUUCUCCUUCAUUCCCAAUUCCACAGCAGCCCCUCUCUUCCCAUCCUCUCAAACCCUAACCUCCCAACCUCCCAACCUUGGACAACCUCCAUCAACUCUUCACCGGUGGCCCAGUGCCGAUCACCACCACCUUCUACCGCCGUCCGCCGCCCAUUUUUUAAACUACAAGUAAGUAAGCAUGGAAAAUCUGAAAUUAAUAAUUAUAGUGAUAAAAAUUAUAUUGUUGAUAUUGAUUUUUUUUUUAUGUAAUGAAAUUUAUGGAUAUAAAUCAUAUUGAUUGAUUGAGUUUAUGCUUGAAAUUUAUGGAUAUGAUUCAUGUUGAUAUUUUUUUUUAUGUAAUUAAAUUUAUGGAUAUGAAUCAUAGUGAUAAUCAUAUUAAUGUAGAUUGAUUGAGUUUAUGUUUGAUUGAUAAUAUGAAUUGAUUGGGUAUAUUAAAUAUUGAUUGCUAUUUGAUAUGAUAAUUUGGUAUAUUAAACAUUGAUUUAUAUGGGUUUAGGGAGUAUAUUGAAUAUUGAGAGUGGGUUAUUGAAAUUUUCAUAUUCAUAUGAUAAUUUGGAUAAAAAUUAAUGAUUGAUUGAAUUAAUUGAUUUGUAGAUUUAUGGAACGAUUCUUUAAAAGAAAAUUAUCUACGGAUAGUUCUUCUCUGUCUAAUCCGGGUAGUUCAAAUGCAAGACCAAUUGAAGUAGAUGAGAUCUUAGCUAAUCUUCAAGCAGACCCUGGACUAAGAACUCGAAUGGCGGAUUAUAGUCCUAAUAUUCGGGAUGAGAUCCGAAGAGCAUAUCUACAAAAGGGACCUUGUCAACCUAGAAGUUAUAAAUUCCCACAAACUAAUCAAUCAGGAAUUAAUAGACGCUUCAUUGCUCAUUGGUUUGAUGAUCAUGAUUGGUUGGAAUAUAGUAUUGCUAAAGAUGCUGCGUUUUGUCUUCAUUGUUAUCUCUUCAAAUCUAAUUUUGAUCAAGUGGGUGGUGAUGCAUUCACUGGGGUAGGCUUCAAUAAUUGGAAGAAGGCGAAAGAAAGAUUUAACCUUCAUAUUGGACCGGUUGGUAGUGUUCACAACCAAGCUAGAGAAGUUGCUUACAAUUUGAUGCAUCAAACUACACACAUUGAAACAAUUGUGAUCAAGCAAACAAGCCAAGCUCGCACGGCUUAUCGCACUUGCUUGAAUGCAUCACUUAAGUGCACUAGGUAUUUGUUGCGGCAAGGGCUUUCUUUUCGUGGUCAUGAUGAAAGUGCACAAUCAAGUAAUAAAGGGAAUUAUUUAGAGCUCUUGCAAUUUCUUGCGGAUCAUGAUGAAAAAGUUAAGGCCGUUGUGUUGGAAAAUGCUCCGGGAAAUUUAAAGUUAAUAGCUCCUUCAAUUCAAAAAGAUCUUGUCAAUUCUUGUGCCAAAGAAACCAUUGAUCUUAUCUUGAGUGAUGUAAAAGAUAGAUAUUUUUCAAUAAUGGUGGAUGAAGCACGUGAUGUUUCAAUAAAGGAGCAAAUGGCGAUGGUGUUGCGUUAUGUGAAUGACAAAGGACAAAUAAUUGAAAGGUUUGUGGGGGUUCAACAUGUAACCGACACUACUUCAAGUGCACUAAAGGAAGCAAUUGAUGAAUUCUUUUCUUCCGCGAAUUUGAGCUUUUCCAAGCUACGAGGACAAGGUUAUGAUGGAGCUAGCAAUAUGAGAGGUGAGUUCAAUGGCCUUAAGACAAAGAUUUUGAGAGAACAACCUUGUGCAUUUUAUGUUCAUUGCUUUGCUCAUCAACUUCAACUAGCUCUUGUUGCGGUAGCAAAGAAAAACAUUGAUGUCAACUCUUUUUUCACAACGGCUAAUAGUUUGGUUAAUGUUGUUGGAGCAUCUUGUAAGCGUCGCGAUGCACUUAGAGCACAAUACCAAGAAGAGCUUGUAAGAGCUUUUGAAGAUGAUUGUCUUAUAACGGGGCGGGGCUUAAAUCAAGAAAGGACUCUCAUACGUGCCGGCGAUACACGAUGGAACUCACAUUAUGGUACGUUGAUUAGUAUCAUUUCUAUGUUUCCAUCUGUGGUGAAUGUGCUUCAAAUGAUUGUUGAUGAUAAUCCUAAUGAUAGUUCGGGUGAAGCCUAUAAGUUAUGGAGAGAAAUACAAUCUUUUGAGUUUGUGUUUCACUUAUUUGUAAUGAAAGCUAUAUUGGGAAUAACAAACACUUUGUCUCUAGCAUGGCAAAAGAAAGAUCAAGACAUUGUGAGUGCAAUGAAUUUAGUGAAAACAUGCAAGGAAAACCUGCAGUUGAUGAGGGAUAAUGAGUUUGAAGAAUUGGUUGAGCAAGCAUCCUCGUUUUGUUACAAACAUGAUAUUAUAGUUCCUACCAUGGAUGAGGAAUAUGUAAUUCCAGGGAGAUCACGGCGUAAUGCUCCAAAUGAAGACAAAUUAUCAUCGUUAUCGUGUGGAGAUCUUUAUUCAUGUAAUUGAUGGGCAACUUGCGGAGUUAAAUGAUCGCUUCAACGAGAGACUUAUUGAUGCUUGAAGAUCAACUUGGUGUUUAUGUUCAUCAUAUGCGUUCGAGUAGUGAUUUUUCUCAAUUGGAAGGGAUAAGUAGUCUUGCGGAAAAAAUGGUGGAGAAAGGAAUGCAUGAAAUAUUUCCUUUUGUGUAUUUGCUUCUUACGUUGGCUUUGGUUUUACCGGUUGCAACUGCAUCAGUGGAGAGGGCAUUUUUCGCUAUGAAUAUUAUUAAAAAUCCACUUCGCAACAGAAUGGGAGAUCAAUGGUUGAAUGAUAGCUUGAUUGUUUACAUUGAGAGAGAUGUUUUUGCUUGUAUUGAUAACGAAAUUAUAAUGCAACGUUUUCAGAAUAUGAAAACUCGUCGUGGACAAUUGUAACUUGUAUUAUUGGUUUUGUUAUGAAUUAUGAAUGGAAGUACUAUCUGUUGAACGGAAAAUUUUCACAAAAAAAACAAUUAGCCAAGAGUUUGACUUGGUUUAGAAUUGAAUUUGUUUUGUCCCUGCAAUCUUAUCAAGAAAAACAUUUAAAAAAUAAAAUAGAUGUAUUGCAGUGGUUUCGAAACACCAAGAGAUAAGUAUCUCAGUUGAGAAGUGGUCAUCAGCUGGAAUUCAAACUCAUCAUAAGAUAGCCUCUAUAAGGGGCAUGACACGAGGGGAAAAAGAAAAGGAAAAAAAACGCAGGGAGGAGAACAGCAGGAGCACAGAAAAAGAGCAGAAAGGAGAACAGUCAUAGCAAGAAGAAAAAUUAGCAAGCAGCCUUGAGAAAGGAAAGAGCCAUUUCAAGGUAAAAAGAUUAGUUCCAUGGCACCAUUUUCUGAUUUUUUGCUCAAGAUUUCAGGUUCCAUUCAACUCAAGGGUUCCUGACCAUGAUGAUUUCUAUCAUCAUAAAAAGGUCCACAUAAAUUCUUGGCUAUGAUGAUUGAAAUCAUCAUGACCAAGGAAGAAUCUCUCCGAGGCUUGGCUCCGCUCAAAGAACUCCAGCAGUGUUUUCAAGUUUGCCUUACAUGAUGAUUUCAAUCAUCAUGUUUUAUGGCAGAUUCUAUUCCAUCAUGCACCACCAAAUAAGCUCUUCCAGGAGCAAAGAAUCCCUCAAAUCAUGGAUGUAGAGAUGAACCCACCAUGGGAUCAAAAUCAAAAGAGAGAAGGCUUGUAUGAAGCAUCCGAAACCAAAAGGGGCGCACGGCAAUUGAAUUGCCUCCCUAUGGGCAGCUGCCGCCAGCAAGUCAACAAAGAAGAAAAAAAGACAAAAA